AUCCACAGCUUCAGGAUUUUCAACUUCUACGACCACAACCGCCACAGCUUUAUCUCCAAGGACGCAACUAUACAGCACCCAGUCCCGUGGUGACCUCGUCCGCCCACAGGCGCCAUCUGGCAACCAAAACACCCACCGCCCACCAUGCCGCUCCCAAACGGGCUCAUCACGUACGGCCCCAACGCCAACUGCACGCUUGAGCUCUGCAAAGCCGAGUGGAGUGUCGUGGGCUACCAACCCAAUGUUCCCGCCAACGCCUUCUUCCUCGCUGCCUUCGCCGCCUCCGCGCUCAUCCACCUCGCCCAGGGGAUCUUCUACUGGCGCAAGGGCAGGCCAACCUGGGGCUUCACCACAGUCAUCGUGACUGGCUGCCUCGAUGAGAUUGUCGGUUAUAUCGGACGCCUGCUCCUGCAUGACAACCCGUUUAGCUUUGGCGCAUUCUUGAUGCAGAUCAUCUGCGUGACCACGGCACCAGUCUUCUUCUGUGCCGCGAUUUACGUCACGCUUUCCCAGACCAUCUACUUCAUCGACCCGUCCAAAUCCCGCUUCGACCCCCGCUGGUUCUACUGGGUCUUCAUCCCCUGCGACAUCAUCUCGCUGGUCCUCCAGGCCGCGGGCGGCGCCAUGUCGAGCGUCUCGACGACCGAGGCGGCCGUCAACCGCGGCGUAGACAUCUCCCUCGCGGGCCUCGUCUUCCAGGUCGUCACCCUCGUCGCCUUCAGCGCGCUGUUCAUCGACUACCUGUGGAGCUGCGGCUUCCUGGGCGCCCUCUUUGGCGGCAAGGCGAAGCGCGCUGCGGCGGGCGAGAAGGCGGCGGCGGCGGAGAGAUCCUUCCCCAGGCCCCUACGCUUGUUCCUCGUGUUCCUCUUCCUCGCGACGCUGUUUAUCUUUAUCCGGUGCGCGUACCGCGUCAAGGAGCUCAGCGAGGGCUACUUUUCCGAGUUCUUCAGGGAGGAGACGCUGUUCAUUGUGCUUGAAAGCGUGUAAGUGUUCUCUCCCCAUCGUCGUAGACACACAGACAUAAUAGCUGACGUG